AUGGCAGCAUUUUUCAACUCUCCAUCCCAUCUGGACGUAACAGGCGCCGUUGGCUUCAGUAGUCCCAAAUUCUCACCGGAAAAGACCUUCGUCCAACCGAAAGAUGACAACCUCCUUCGUCCCGGCCUGGUGGGCAACAAGAACCAGCAAAAACGUGGAGUACUAUCUAUUGGUGCUCCUAAAUCCAUUCUGAACCUUACAACCCCUUCGCGCCCCCCGCUGGGUGAUAAAACGAAUCGGAAAUCCGCUGGUGAAUUCACACCACUUCUCAAAUCAGUUCAUAAGAGCAAUAUGGGUACACAGAUCGAUGCAAGAAUCAAUGCUGCGGUUGCCAGGACGCCAAUGAGUCUUAAGCAUAUGGAAUUGUACGCGGGAGGCACGCCGCUGCCGAGAGGGGAUAGCUCAGGGAUUGAUGCUUCAUCUUAUAAUGAUGAUAGUACACCGCUCGGUCCUCAUAACGAUGAUUCUGGAGAUGUCUCGACCCCGAUACCGAGGAUUGGAGGUAAAGCUGGAAUGCUUGAUGAUGGGCAAUUGACACUGAGGGAACAGGAGAAGAUUAUCGAUGAUAUUAAGAAGGAGAAUUUCAGUUUGAAACUGAAAAUUUUCUUUUUGGAUGAAAAGUUGAACAAGCUCGGACCGGAGUUCAACGAUGUUGCUAUUCGAGAGAACAUUGAAAUGAAAGUCGAGCAUACUACUCUACGUGCAGAAUUGAAGCGAUUAAAGAAGGCACUUCUUGACUCCGAAAAACUCGUUAUGGAACUUCAGGGAGAUGCACAAAGUGCCCAAGCCAGCACCCAGAAAAAAAUCGCCCAAGGUAAACAGGCGGAAAUUGAUCAGGCGAAGAUCCGCGAUUUAAUGGCGGAGCUAGAAGACAAGAAUAGCCAGAUGGGUAUGCUCAAAGAUGAAAACGAAAGGCUCAGACUUGAGCUUCAAGAUAGAGAUGGAACUGAGCGAGAGGAUGCUGAGACCAUCGAGUCCUUGAACCGAAGAGUGGCUGACUUGGAAGGGGAGAAGGAGGAUUUGGAGGCUGAGAUACGGGCUAAAGAAGAACAAUUGGACAAUCGUCAGGAUUCUCAGGACAAGGAAAACGACCACCUCCGGGAUCGUAUCCGGGAGCUAGAGGAAGAAUUGCAGGCCAAAUAUGAUGAAGAAGGCAACGAACAGGAAGAUGCCCAAGCUCGAAUUCAAGAGCUCCAAGAGGAGCUUUCCGGGAAGGACGAGGAGAUAAAAACUCUCCAAGAUGAACAUGAGGCCCAGAUUGCCAGUGCCAGACAGCAGUAUCAGCAGAAGAAACAAGCCAUGAAGACACUCCAAGACCAGAAAGAUUCUUUGGAACUGAGAUUGGCAACCAUGGAUACUGACCGCGAGGGCUGUGACAACGAACUCGCCGACAAGGUUAUGGAUCUAGAACAUGACAAUAGAAGACUUCAAAACGAAAUUGCUGACAUUAAGGACAACAUCGACGAGGCUAUUAGCCAAAGGAAUCGUAUCGAAGAAGAAAUGGCUGUCCUCGUGGAGAAGCACCAGGAAGAAAUUCAGAGAAUUAGGGAUGAUCAUCAAGAACGCUCGGUCUAUAUGAAGAGUACAGCACAGGACCGCGAAAAUAGUCGCCAGAGAUUACAGAGCGAUCUUGUGAAACUUCAGGAGGACCUGGCUUCUAUGACGACCUUACAUCGCGAGAAAUCCUCUGAGGUCGAUAUUCUUAAGAGGCGUAUUGCAGAGUUGUCCAACGACUUCGGCGGUGACGUUAAAGCACUUCAAAUCGAAAUCACUAGCCUCCAAGAGGGCAAAGAACGAACCAAGCGACAUCUUGAAGAUACGGAAAGUCAGAAGAAUCUCCUCCAGCUUCGACAUAAUGCGUUGACUACUGAGAGUCAAGAGCUGCAGAAAGACCUUAACAGACUUACCAAAGAGCUUGGUGAUCUCAAAUCUAGUCUCGCCAACGAAAAACAAAAAUCGCAAGGCAUCGAACAGUCCUUAAAGGCUCAGCUCUCCGGCAACCGAAAUGUCCUCGAAAGCGAGAUCGACAAACUCCGGUCCACCCUAGAAACUAGAAACAAAGACUUACGUUCCAAGUCCGAUGACUGGAGCGCUGAAAAGCGACAGCUAGAACUUAGGCUCACAACUGCUGAACAAAAGGUUAAGGGUUAUGAGAAAACAAUCACCAACUUGCGAGAAUCUGAAGGCACACUCCACGGCCACGAGAUGAAAUUGGCGAACGAGAUGAAGUCACUAAAGGCUGUUCAUGGGGAGGAGAUAGCAUCUUUGAACCUCCAGAUCACGGACCUUAAUCUCGAUCUCGAUAGAAGAAGACAAAUGCUCGAGAAGAAUGCCGGUGAGCUCCAGGUAGCUAAAGACGAACUUCGCCAGGUUCGCAAGAAUGAGAGAGCGUUGGAUGACAGGAUUCGCACACUUGAAGAGGAGGUCAGAUCAGCUUCACAGAAUCACUCCAUCGAGAUGAGGGAUAUUCGGGAACAGCUUACAGACGCUGAGUCCCAAUGCGGGACCCUGAAAUCCGAAGUGAAGACAUACAAGGACACACUUGCGAUUGCUCAGUCGCAACUCAGAAACGAGCAGUUGAACUACCAGAGCUCUCUUGAUUCGCUGAAGAACGGGUCUCUAUCCCAGGAACAAUUGAAGAUUGACCUGGCCAAUAUGGAAAGGAGGUUGGAAUCUGCGCUUAAAGAUAGGCAAGGUCUCCACGAACAACUUUUGAACAGCGGUGCGGAACUUGCAUCGUUGAGGGCCGACUGUCAAGAGCUAGAGAUCGAGCGGGAGGAGUUGAGAGCACAAAUCAAGGACCUAGUAACUCAGAUCGGUACCCGUACUCGAAUGGAUCAAGAGAAAGUUGAACUACGCCUGGCCAAGAACAAGCUGGAGCGAGGCCUUCAGUCUCUCACUAAUGAACGCGAUGAGCUAUUCGCAAAGGCUGAAGAGUUGGAAUUGAAUUUGGAGGAGGCAAUGACUCAAGCGGUUACAGACGAGCAGAAGUUAGAAGACGAGAUUUCUGAGCUGAAGGCCCAAGUAAGGGCACUCAGCGACGCACGAGACCGAGAGCUAAGUCUCGCUAAGCGUGAGGCUGCUAGACUCGAAACCCGUAUCGGCGAACUUCAGGAUGCACAGGCCGACCUCAUUGAUCCCAUGGAAUUAUCGGAGAUCAAGAAGGAUCUUGACGACUCAAAGAAACGUGAAGCUGAUUUUAAAGAGAAGAUCCGAGACCAACGUCAGCGCAUCGCCAGGUUAGAAACCGAUCUUAAGGAAACAAAAUCCAAUCGAUCACGCCCUGCCCCUGAUGAUACUGAUGCACUGAUUGAACGACGGGAACUCCACCAACACCUCGUGAAUGCGAAACUACAAAUCGAACAGUUGCAGGGCGACGUGGAAACUAAGGACAGCGACUUGGAUCUCAUGCUUGCGCGUGAGAGUGAGCUCGUGGCAAGGAUCAAGGCAUUGAAAUCUGACCGGUCAAAGCUGAAAGAAAAGACCACCAAAGCUGAGGAAGCUCUGUUGAAAUCGCAGUCUCGUCUCGAACGUGCCCAGGAGAAACUUACGCAUAUGCAAAAAGUCUGGGACGACGAGAGGAACUUGUUUGAGCAGAAAGUGGUACAGAAUGACGUUCUGACACAGAAAGAGAUGCAACUUGUUACUUAUGAACAACAAAAGAACCACAAGGCUGAGAUGAGAGGAUUGGCCACGCAGAUCAAGUGGCUGAGGAUUAGGAUUGAGCGUGAGGAGAAGUUCAAGAGAGAUCUAGCGUACCAAAAACACUACUUCCUUAAACAGAUGGAGAUGUAUUCCGCAUGCAAUAAAUUACAGCGACAGAUGGUUGAGGAGAUGGGUAUUUUCGUUGAUAGGAGGUCCCGACAGAAGAGGCCGAAGCUGAAGACUGUUGCACUCGCAGUCCUUGCUGUCCAAAGGAUGAAGAUAUUCAGUGGGCAGUGGGCGGCUAAUAAGGUGCUUAAGGCAUCGUUGGUUAAGUCUUUAGAAAAGGUUAGGCCAACGGGUAGGAAAUAA